GAUUAAAAUGAACACAGUGAGAGGGAAUGUAGGCCAAGUGGACUGAAGAAGUGCAGUAUUGAGUACUUUUGAAAAGGAGAGAAAUAGAGUAUCUGAGACUCCUCAUCCGAUUUAUUUGAGAACCAGAAGAUGUAGGAAGAAGAAGUCCACUCAACUUGUUAAGAAGCAGAAGAUUAAGUUUGAUAUUUCUAAGGUUGAUGAGUCAAUAAUUGAAGAGCAUUUCAAAAAGAUUUCUCAACAGCCAAAAGAAGAAAAAACAGAGUUUGGUAAAAUAGAAGCAAUGUUUAAAAACCAUGAACUCUUGCCUAGUAAACAGAUCCAAGAGAAGCUCCAGAGGCUUCUAUACCCUUAUAACAAAAACAGCAACAUCCAGAGAUCCAUGAGCUUCGACUAUCUCGACUUCACUAGACAACCUGAAAACGGUGAAAACAGUCGAAAUUAUUAUAAUCAUCAGAAUCCGAGACAAAUUUCCAAAACUGUAAACCAGGUAUCCUGACCCGCUUCCAAGAGCCAGUCAGUAAGCUGGAAGAAAAUAUCAGACUUCAUAUGCAACGAAAAGAGGGACUUCAGGAAAUCUCUCAGGAGCCUGAACAAGGCCAGGUACAAAGAGUACGAAGAAGCUUUCCAAACAAUGAUGAGUCUCAAGCCAGAAUGGAAUGUUUAUAAAAGCCAGAUCUGGAGAAUGGUGCAGGCAAUAGAUAGGAACAAAGUUAGCAACUCAAGAAGAAAUGGUAUUUUUAAUAAGGACAAUAAGAAAGCUGAUAUCAAGACUCAAGAUAGCUAUCUGGGAAGAAGCUCAAGUAGUCUGAUGAGUAUCCCUGAGUCUUCACAUGAGGAGGGUGAGAGGAAAGAGAUUGAUGAAGAAUUUACCCUUGAUGAUAGAAUUAUAACAAAAGUAGUACUUGUUCUUAAAGAAAUAAGUGACAGAAAAAGAAGUGAGUCUUCACAUUCUGAUUCGACCAAUUCUGAUAGAUACAGUGAGGAUUAUGAAGCAAAUUAUAAUUACUUCACUUGGUUUCUAAAAAAUAAUCUGAAAAAAUCUCGAAGAAAGUAUACUCCAAAACAUAACAUCAGCAGAUCCACUGGCUCUCAUCCAAGACCCCCAACCACCCAUCCCACCACCCCUCUAACCCACUUAUUCCCCUCCCCCAAACCGCCCACCUCCAAACCCCAAUCCUGCACAAAUCUGCUCCCUCUCCAAUCCUCAUUCCCACCCCAAAUCCCCCCUAAACCCCUCACCUCUCACAAAACUCUUCACAAAUUUAACCUCUCUCACCACAAAAAUUCUCCAAAAGACCAAAGAAUCUCAAUAAAAACUUCUAACAAGUACUUAACAACCACGACUAGAGAUAAUAGCACUUGUGGGAAGGAACCAGUUAGAAGAAAGGGAGGGAAGAAGGAGGUAAUGGAGAAGUGGGGCAUGGGGAGUAGGAGAAGUCUCCAGGAUUAUGUUAAUAGGGUUAGAAGUAAAUAACUUUGGGAUGAUCAACACAUGAGAUCCUGCUUUUAAAGAUCAUCUAUCAUCAGCUAGAUGACUUAGUGGCUCACAUAAAUCAAGCGAAACUGCUUCAUCACUGAUGUCAAAGCCUCAACUAAGAACUCCCAAAGUCUUAGAACGGCAAUACAGGAACCACCACUUAAAGUCACCAAGGAAGAGAAAGAACCUGGCGUUGUUGAGUCCUCAGCGGAGAGUCCAGAAGAAACAGCGGAAAUGUUUUGAUGUGGGAGACCUCGUUUACAUGAAGAACUUAACUACUCGAAAUAAGGAAUAAGCCAAUACGAGUUCAUAUU